UAUGAUGUUGAUCUGACUCUGAAGAAAACUAUCCUCACACCAUCAAUGCUCGGGCCCUAAAAAAUACAAAAUAUUGUGUAAACAACCAAUCAACACGGACAAAAGGGGAAAAAGUCAAGUAUUACAUAACCAGCCAUGUUUUUGCUUGCAACUUUUUGGCCCCUUGAGGCAUGAUACCGACAAGAUGUGAUGUACAUAUAAACGGUCGAAUCAACACAAAUCAUCUCCAAAGGUUGUGCUACUGUAUCAUAUUACUAGUAAGGAGGGGAAGCAACAGCUUUGAGCCGCAAUUGAGUUGACCGUGUAUCCAUUAGUUAUCUACCUUGGUGAGUAUACACAAGUCAGAAAUAUAAUUCAGCUCUAUAGCAUUGAACUUUUUUUUCACUAUGUAUGUUUUGUUUCAGUCACAGAUGGACAACCUGACAUUCAAAUACAGCGUACUCUUACUGGAGGGACUGAAAGUAACACCUCAGUCAAGCCAUCUCGUCAUUAUUCUUCUGUUGCUUGCUUAUGUAUUUAUAAUGAUAUCAAACAUUGGAGUUUUGAUUCAGAUCUUGAUAGAUAGAAGUUUACAUGAGCCCAUGCACAUUAUUUACUGCAAUUUACCACUGAACGAUGUACUCGGGACAACUGUUAUCAUGCCACGCCUGCUGAAGGAUAUUUUAACAGAUCCCCCUACGCGCUACAUUUCAUAUGGGGAGUGUGUGUUUCAAGCAUAUUUUGCACAUUUGUAUGGAACAACAUCUCACACUGUCCUCAUGAUCAUGGGCUUUGAUAGAUACAUAGCCAUAUGUAAUCCAUUACGAUAUCCAUCGAUAAUGACCAACAGAAUGAUUGUGAAAUUAUGUGCAGGAGCCUGGGGUGUUGCAUUAUUGCUGGUGGGAAUUCUGAUCAGUCUGUCUGUACGUCUGUCUCACUGCAGAUCGCUAAUCCAGAAUCCCUUUUGUGACAAUGCUUCACUGUUUAAAUUGUCCUGUGAAAGUGUGGUGAUAAAUAAUGUGUAUGGAUUAACAUUUACUGUGGUUUUACUCACCUCUUCAAUGGGGAGCAUGUUCGUGACAUAUCUCAGGAUUGCAAUGAUAUGCAUCAAAAGCAAAGACAAAGCAACAAACAGUAAAGCCAUAAAAACCUGCAGCACUCACUUGGCUGUGUAUUUAAUCAUGCUGAUCUCUGGAUUCAUCAUAGUUAUUCUUCAUCGUUUCCCUGAAUAUUCUGACAAUAGGAAAUUAUCUAGUAUAAUGUUUCAUGUUGUACCCCCAUGCUUGAAUCCCAUAAUAUAUGGGUUGCGAGCAAAGGAAAUACGACAAAGGAUUUUAAAAGUCAUUUUUAGAAAUAAAGUAAAUUCAAAUGGUUAAUU